CCCGUCGUCAUCGCGAAGAAAAAGUUCAUCAGCUUUGAGACGCCGCCCCCCGUCCAGCCCGUAGGUUCUUCCUCCCUCCACAACACCAAUAACACUCUAUCUAUCUAUCUACCCCAUCUCCAUCUCUUCUUCUCCUUCUUUUCCCCUCCUAUUCCCUCCUUCCUACAUCCUCUCCCUUUACCUCUCCCCUUUCGUGGCCACCGUCGCCCGUCGUUGUCUGUCCCAAUGGCACCCAACAUGCGACCUCUCGCUCCUGCGAGUCUUAUCGCGCAGCUCCAGCAGGCUGGACGCCGCUCCUAUCUGACCUCCCGUCCAUCUCCCAUUGCUACCAAAGCUCGCUGGACUCCUCGUCCUGCUUUCCAUCAGAUCGCAUUGCGCCAGUCCAUUCGAAGACAAUCCACAGAGACUCCCUCCCCGGCGCUCAAGAAGAAGAAGAAGUUCUCCUUCCUCCGUUUUACAUGGCGACUCACCUAUCUCUCCGCCAUCGGUGGCCUUGCCUACAUUGGCUAUGGCAUAUAUGAGAUGCGCAACCCCGAGGACCAGCCUCCACCUGACCCGACCAAGAAGACUCUCGUCAUUCUCGGCACUGGCUGGGGCUCCGUCUCACUCUUGAAGAAGCUCGACACCGAGAACUACAACGUCGUCGUCGUCUCUCCCCGCAACUACUUCCUCUUCACUCCCCUUCUCCCAUCAUGCACCACCGGUACCGUGGAGCACCGCUCCAUCAUGGAGCCCAUCCGCAAUUUCUUGCGACACAAGAAGGCCUCCGUCAAGUACUACGAAGCCGAGGCCACCAAGAUUGACUACGAGAAGAAGAUUGUUCACAUCAGCGAUGACUCAGAGAUCAAGGGUGACAUCUCCUCUACCGAGGUGCCCUUCGACAUGCUCGUCGUUGGAGUCGGCGCUGAGAACGCCACAUUCGGUAUUCCUGGUGUCCGCGAGCAUGGUCUCUUCCUCAAGGAGGUUGGCGAUGCCCAGCGUAUCCGUAACCGUAUCAUGGAUUGCUGCGAGACUGCUACUUUCAAGGACCAGAACGACGACGAAAUCAAGCGUCUUCUCCACAUGGUUGUGGUGGGAGGAGGCCCAACUGGUGUUGAGUUCGCUGGUGAAUUGCAGGACUUUUUCCACUCCGAUCUUAAGAAGUGGAUCCCUGACAUUACUGAGAACUUCAAGGUCACCCUCGUCGAGGCCCUUCCCAACGUCCUUCCCAUGUUCUCCAAGCAGCUUAUCGAAUACACCGAACAGACUUUCAAGGAGGAGACCAUUACUAUCCGUACCAAGACAAUGGUCAAGAAGGUCACAGAUAAGUACAUUGAGGCCGAGUCUACUGGUCCCGAUGGCAAGAAGAUCUUGGAACAGAUCCCCUACGGUCUCCUGGUUUGGGCUACCGGCAAUGCCCUCCGACCUGUCGUCAAGGAUCUCAUGAGCCAAAUUCCCGCCCAGAAGGAUGCCCGCCGCGGUCUCAACGUUAACGAGUACUUGGUUGUUAAGGGUACCGAGAACGUCUGGGCCGUCGGUGACUGUGCCGUCGCCAACUACGCCCCCACUGCCCAGGUCGCCGCCCAGGAAGGCGCUUUCCUCGCCCGCAUGUUCAACCAAAUGGCAAAGACCCAGGAGAUCGAGCAGCAACUCUCUGAGCUUUCCGUUGCUCAGGAGAAGGCACCUAACAAAGAUGCCCGUGACCAGGUUUUCACCGAGAUCAAGGAGCUACAGAAGCGUCUCCGAAGGGUCAAACAGAUGGGUCCCUUUGAGUACUCUCACCAGGGCUCGCUCGCCUACAUUGGAUCCGAGAAGGCUGUCGCUGAUAUCUCCUGGUUGUCUGGAAACUUCGCCACUGGUGGUACCCUGACCUACUUCUUCUGGAGGAGCGCCUACCUGAGCAUGUGCUUCAGCACGCGCAACAGGAUCCUUGUGCUCAUGGAUUGGGUCAAAUCCAAGGUCUUCGGUCGUGAUGUGUCUCGCGUGUAAGCGAGCUCAUUCUCACGUUGCGAUCCUUGUCACUUCUUGUCCAGCCUUCAAUAGCAAGUGAUCUGGUCCUUUCUUCCUCGAUACCUCACACCAAGUACAUAUACCACUCUCCUUGGUCCUUGUACAACUAGAUGCUCGUCCCAACUAGCUCCUGUACAACUGUAAUACUCUUGUCUCUUUUUCCUGCAAUUCUCUUCCGGUUCGGAUUUGUCACAACUCUCGGCGAUGAGGGAUGGGUUUGGAGUUCUGCGUGCAAGCGGGUCAUAGAUUUCCCUUUCGAAUACAGAGGUUAGGUAGGGCUUCAAAGCAAUUUGCAUAGGUGCUUUGCUACAUUACAUCGGAAAAGUGUUCUAUCAAAUCUAUUUACUUUGUUUGACCAUCAUGUGGCAUUAU